CUGGCAACACGAAGCAGAAAGCCAUGAUCCAGCCUUCUCUGCUGCAGAGAGCGAUUAGAUAAAGGCGCUGGUGAACAAGACGAGUUAGACUGUGAGAAGAGGAAGAUGAAUAAUAGAGAAGUUUAAGGAAAAGGAAUAAAUUUCUCCUUGAUUUGUUUUACAACAUGAACUGUGAAAUCCAGGGAUGAGACUGUCAACAUCUCUUUAAUGAAUUCAGUGGAACUGAGUGGGAUUUAUAGUUCUAUCAAUUAUGACCAAAUGUCCAAGUCCUGAAGCAGCAAAGCUUCCCCUGACCAUCACACCACCUCUUCAGUGUGACUAUACUAUUUGGAGGAAUUAUAAAAUAUGCCUCUCCUAAAAAAAAGUAAGUGCUAAGUAAGAUCCAAUCAAUGCAGAGGAAACAAUUAUAAAUGACAAUGUUUAGUUUGCCAUACAUGUGCACAUAGUUUUUAAAAUGGAAGUCUAUCAGAAGCAACUGUUGCCAGUGACAGACUCUUAAGUUUUCCUCCAGGGAAAGGAAGCAGGAACUGUGCGAGCUGUGAUGAAGUAACCAGAUGGUACAAGUCUGUACAGAGUUCUGUUUUAUGAGUUUAUUCACACAGAGAACAGCCAAUUGGAUUGCACAAACAUCUGAGAGCUGCUCCAAAAAAGUAAUCAGGAUCAGCACUAAACAUUAUUCUCCCCAUGUCUUUUCUAAGAUUUGUUUCAACCAAGUGUGUCAUGUGUGGUGCUUGUUAGCAAACUGUGAGGCAGCAUAAAUCACAUGCCUCCAGUUCAGCAGUAGUGAAAUCCUGCCAACUUUCUAUGCGGACAAAAAAGAAAUCCACCUACCUUUGUCAGGUAAAACAGAACAGAACUUCAAAAGCUCAUGAUUUGGUGUUUAAAGGGCUUCUUACCUGUCUGCAUUUUAUGGAAAAGAAUUAGGGUGUCAUGUUCUGUGUUUUUCUGUGUAUUUAUUUAGAGUUUUCUUCUUCUUCUUCUUUUUUGUUUUAUGGCGGUUGGCAAACAACUGUCAGGUGCAUUACCGCCACCUUCUGGACUGGAGUAUGAACCAGAUGCCUAAACCCUAUAAUCUCCCUAUUAGACCUGUUUUUCUAAGAAACCUAAAUACGGAAUUAAAAACCACAUCUCCAGAAGAUUUAUUUAGAGUUUUCUGUGUCCCUGAGUCUUCUUGUUGUCCUGUCCGCCCUUUGAUUACUCCCAGGUGUUUCUCAUUCCCUGAUUACCUCCUGUGUAUUUAGUGUCACCUGUGUGUCUGUGUCUUUGUCGGGUCCUUGUCUAAUGUGUGCUCAGUCCUUCGUGUUGUCCAUUGGUAAACCAGUUGCUACCGGCGUUGUGCCCUGGCUUCCGCUCAGUUGUGCUGCCUGUGUUUUUGGACUGUUUUGGAUUUCUUUUGUUCAUUAAAUCAUCAUUAUUCACUGCAUCCUGGGUCUGCUGCGUCUGCCUCACUACCACAUUUCAUGACAUAGGACCACUGAAAAAAAAAAAGAAUUCAGACUUUUUGCUCAACAUUCUGACUUUCUCAGAAUUCUGAGAAAAAAAGUCAGAAUGAAUUAUAUAUUUAUUUAUUUUUUUAUUAGCCCUAAUUCUCUUCCAAAGCAUUUUGUUUCUUUUUGGUACUGAUAGUAGAUUGUGGAAGCAAUGCAUAAAGACAAACCACAUAGACUCCUAUAAACUUAUAAAGGGGGGGCACAGAGUUUAUUUCAAAUAAUUUGGGGUCCUUUUUCUUUCAGUGUGUCUGGAACAAGAGAUUUUGCCAGAGGUGUUCUGUAUUCUGAAAGCAUUCUGAAAUAAUCGUUCGACUGAAGGCCAGACGUGAGACCGUCUGAGGCAAAAAUAAUGCCAAAAUAAACAAACUGUCAACAUUUGCACAGAAUCCUAAAGAUAGGACCGUAUAUAACCUGUUUAGGUUUAUCAGCAAAACAAGUUGAUUUGGUGGUGAGUGUCACUUUAAGCAGAGCAGUUCUGGUCUGUCAGUCUUACAUUUUGUAUUAAAGCAGGAGAACAGUGGGGGAUUUAAAGUAGCCUCUUCUGUUAUCCAGAUGUGUUGCUGGCGAGUGACAAAUACACCCUUUCAGCUCCUUCAGGGUUUCAUCACUUGUUGUGUUUAGUGUCACUACGAGUUUUCAAUGUCUGGAUUUGAAAUGGCACAACAAAAAGCAGCAUAACAUAUAUAUUUUCUGUGGUUUAUUUAAAUAUAAGGGCAACUGAACUGGAACUGAAUUUCCAAUUAAAUCAAAUAAUUGAGAUAAAACAUUAUAGGAUGACGACUCAGUCUACAAUGAAAUGAAAGGUAUAGUACUUCAAGAAUCACUUGUUUUUUCUUUUUUUAUCUUUGCAUUUUACAUUUCCUUCCAUUGUUUUUUUCAGGUCCCUGAAUUGUUUGUCUUUGAUUAAUUUACCUCUUGUUACAGAAUGAAACCUUAGAUGUUCUUCCUAGUAAAUGUUGACUCUCAACUCUUUCCAUGUGUCAGUCAACCAGGUUCUUAUUGUGCUGCUGUUGCUGCUGGCAUGUUUGCUUCUCCAUAGCUCACUGAAACCCUCCACUCAACUAAAAAAAGCACACAGACAGAGCCAUGGUUUAACAGCUGACCUCCCAGCUGAAGAGGCUGAAACAGUUGAUGUUGUUCCUGUUAUCAUCUGUGCCUCCGAGGAGCGUACUGGGGCAACAAUGGCAACCAUCAACAGCAUCAUUAGUAACACAGACUCCAGUGUUUUCUUCUACAUUGUUACUCUGCGUGAUGCAGUCAAAAUAGCAAGGAGGUAUAUAGAGAAGACCAAGCUGAAAGGCAUCCAGUAUAAGAUUUUAGAAUUUAACCCUAUGGUUCUAAGAGGAAAGGUGAAGCCAGAUUCUUCUCGUCCUGAUCUCCUUCAUCCACUUAAUUUUGUCAGAUUUUACCUACCUCUACUAGGGAUCAGCCACAGGAGAGUCAUAUAUGUGGACGACGAUGUCAUUGUGCAGGGUGACAUUAAGGACCUUUACAAUAUAAAGCUGAAAGCAGGACAUGCUGCUGCUUUUGCCUCUGACUGUGACUUACCCUCCACACAUGAGAUGGUUCGAAGCAUUGGCAUGCAGCUUGUUCCUCAGACCACCUACAUGGGCUUCCUGGACUACAGAAAGCAAGAAGUGAAAGACUUGGCCAUCAACCCCAACCACUGCUCCUUUAACCCCGGAGUGUUUGUCGCAGAAAUCAAAGAGUGGAAGAAGCAGAAGAUCACCAAACAGCUGGAGAGAUGGAUGGAGAAGAAUUUUAGGCAGAACAUUUACAGCAGUGCUAUGGCAGGAGGCGUGGCCACUCCGCCCAUGCUUAUAGUGUUUCAUGACAAAUACACAGCGCUGGAUCCUCUUUGGCAUGUCAGACACCUGGGCUGGAGCCCCGAUGCACGCUAUGCAGAGAGCUUCCUGCAGGGGGCACACCUGCUGCACUGGAAUGGCCCAUUCAAACCAUGGAAUGACCCAGCCGUCCACUCGGACCUGUGGGAAAGGUGGUUCAUACCUGACCCGUCUGGAAGAUUCACUUUGACUCGGCCUGGCAGUGACAGCUAAGGCCCAGCGCUGCAGGGACUGAUCCACUCAUUUAAAAAAGGAAGCCUUUUAGUCUGCUGCUCCACUAAAAGGCUGCCUUUGUGUUAUAACUAAGGGGGCUUCUUUUAACUCCUCCUCUCAUUUUGUCCUCAUCUUAUAAGUUUGUCUUAUGUUAAAAUGUGAACUUAAUAUGUGGAAUCAAGGUGAUAAUAAUCUCUGAAUUAUUGGUCCAUAAAUUAUAAAUAGUGAAUGCAGCUUUUCAGGUGAUAAAUUUGAUGUGUUAGGAGUUAACCAUUAAAUAAACUCACAGAAACGAUUCAUGGCAGAUUUAAGUUUUAUGCAUUUAUAUCUGUUUGAUUUUAUUUAGGAACUCAUAUUGUAUACAUAUAUGCCUUUAAAGUAAUUAUUUUCUACACUAUCUUCUGAUUUCUAGAAUGUAUUGAAUAUAAUUAGUUAGUAUAUACUAACAGAGUUUAAAUAAUUAAAGUUGUAAAAGAAACAAGAUUCUGGUAUUUAAAUUUUAUGUGAUUUGUUUUUAUUGAAGUUAUGAGAAGUGAAAUAGGGAGUUGUGUAGAAUAUUCAUAUUUCUUGUGGUGUAUAUACAUAUAUUUUUUAUUCUCAGUAUUAUUUAGGCUUAUUAAUGAUCAUUUACAGAUAUAAAAACAUAGAUUUGGCUCAGAUAAUUGAAAUUUAUUUAAAAAUACCCAAUAAAAAAAAUAAAAAAUGUCUUAUACUUUU